UUUUGUCGGCCGGAACCGGUGUAUGCUGCUCAGUGUUGUCGGCCGGCGUCAAGGCGACGGUGUUGUUCUCUUCCUCUGACUGCGGUUGCUGUUCAGUUCAAUCCAGCCGGUCUGGUUGAGUAACACAGUCCAGGGACUGUGUCUAUGGUUGCUCCGCGGGCCGCUUUGCCGGCUGGUGCUUUUGUAUCAGGGCAAGCAGUAUUCCAUGGCAGGGAACUUCUGGCAGAGCUCCCACUAUUUGCAGUGGAUUUUGGAUAAACAAGAUCUGUUGAAAGAGCGCCAGAAGGACCUAAAGUUUCUCUCAGAAGAGGAGUAUUGGAAAUUACAAAUAUUUUUUACAAAUGUUAUCCAAGCAUUAGGGGAACAUCUUAAAUUAAGACAACAAGUUAUUGCUACUGCUACAGUCUAUUUCAAGAGAUUCUAUGCCAGGUAUUCUCUGAAAAGUAUAGAUCCUGUAUUAAUGGCUCCUACAUGUGUGUUUCUGGCAUCCAAAGUAGAGGAAUUUGGUGUCGUCUCAAAUACAAGAUUGAUUGCUGCUACUACUUCUGUAUUAAAAACUAGAUUUUCAUAUGCCUUUCCAAAGGAAUUUCCUUACAGGAUGAAUCAUAUACUAGAAUGUGAAUUUUACCUCUUAGAAUUAAUGGACUGUUGCUUGAUAGUGUAUCAUCCUUAUAGACCUUUGCUCCAGUAUGUGCAGGACAUGGGCCAAGAAGACGUGUUGCUUCCCCUUGCAUGGAGGAUAGUGAAUGACACCUACAGGACGGAUCUUUGUCUUCUGUAUCCUCCUUUCAUGAUAGCUUUAGCUUGCCUACAUGUAGCCUGUGUUGUACAACAGAAAGACGCUAGACAAUGGUUUGCAGAACUUUCUGUGGAUAUGGAGAAGAUUUUGGAAAUAAUCAGGGUUAUUUUAAAACUGUAUGAGCAGUGGAAGAAUUUUGAUGAGAGAAAAGAGAUGGCGACUAUUCUUAGUAAGAUGCCGAAACCAAAACCACCUCCGAACAGAAGCUCCCUGAGUGAUUCUCCACUAAUGGCAGGGCCUGAAGCUGCAAGAUGAUGGUGGACAAGAUAAUGCAAUCUCCUAUUGUCACAGUUACUGGUAUUUUCAGCUUUAGUUAUUUUUAUUUUAAUAUUCGGCAUUUUUCCAAGAAAUCACCAUAUUUUUGAUGUAUAAAGAUUUGUUAUCAUUUCCAUAUGAUUUUAUGCCAUUGGACAACAGUUUUUUUUCUUUUUUCUUUCUUUUUUUUUUUUGAAAGACAUUUUGGAUUUUCCUAAAGAGUAGAAAUAGAAUUUUAUAUGUCAGAUUUAAUUUUGUAGGAAAUUCGUUCAGAAGAAGUUGUAAUCUCUAUGUUGAGUGAUACCUGUAAUAAUGUGAAACCCUAAACUCUAACUUAAAUCUUUGAAUGUAUAUGGACACUAACUUCUGGACUGCUUGUUAUGUAUGAGGGCCUCAAGUUACAGAAGAAUAAAAACAUAAAACCAACUCUUAGUUUUCUGUAUUUUAAUUUUUCUGCAUUUGUGUUUUAUAAUCAGAAUGUCUGUCUUAUAGAAUUGCUCCACAGAAUAAUGAACUUCAGAAAUUAAUAGUACUAUCAGUAUUGAAAAUGAAUCUUUUAAUUGGCAUAAAAUUUCUUUCUUCCCCAUUUGAACAGUGAAGGAGAGCAGGGUCCAAAUGGAAGUCAGAACUCUAGCUACAGCCAAUCUUAAAACACCCUGAAGAAUCCCGUAGUGGACCACUUGGAAGGAAAGCAUUGGAGAGUUUGAGUAAUGUCUUCAUUGGAAAGCAGAUGCAAAUGAAUAGCUUGUUUCUGUCGAGCAUAUUGGGAAUUGACUUAAUUUCCACAAAAUAAGUUUCAUUUCCUAACUUGAUUCUAGUGUAUAAUUUAUUAAAUCUUAAUUACAAAAUUUAGUGAGACUCUUAAGGAACCUAUAGCCAUAUACAAACAUUUCAGGGUUAACUUCUCUUUUACAUACUCAUGCACAUAGACACAUACUAGUACUGGUUUUUUAUUAGGAAAUUGAAGGGUUUAUUAUCUUUUUUGUAUUAAGUCAGGAAGCAUGAAAUGUCAUUUGUUCACAUUUUUCUUUGGGCAUUGAGGGACCAAAAAGGACAUAAAAAGUCAAUAAAACUCCCCCCGACCCAAUUAAAUUUUAAAACUAGAUUUAAGAAGUUAAAUCUUAGAAAAUCCUAGGUUUUAGAAAUGAUAAUUACAAUUUGAAGGAGAUUAAUCAAGAGCUUACUGAUUUUAAAAUAUAUUGUAUUCAAUACUUUUUGUAUCAUCACAGAAGAUACUGGCCCAGCCUAUCAAAAAAGUGCAAUAUAUAUAUAUAUAUAUAUAGCAUACCUUGACAAUGUAAAGGUUGUAUUGACUUACUAGCUGUAUUGAAAUGCUGGGAAACCUGAAAGAAAAGGCUAUUUACAACUAAUUUAUAGUUAUUAAGCAUUUUAAAAGUUUAAUUUGAUUAAAUGCUUAAGUUAAAAUUUGGUGAAAUUUUAAUGUUUAAUUUGUCCUGAAAUUUUUUAUGAGACAUAUAUACCCGAUUUAAUUUUAGUGUUUUAGUGUAAGCUAACAGAUGUACAGAAGGCAUUCUGAGUUGGGAAGGAACCUGGUCAGGUUUUAGGCCAGUAAGAUUCUUAAUUCUCAUGGGUAUAGACUUCAGGAUAAAUGUUACAUUUGUGAGACUUCAUAAAUUAACUCAUUUUCUUCAGACUCAAAGGAAGAAGUAUAAAUAAAACUUGGAGUAAUGAGAUAUUAUUGUGUAGUUUUGCACUUUUUAAAAAAUCAUGAAAAAAUUACUCAGUGUUGACUUCCUGGUUAAAAUUGGAAGAAUAAAAGUUAAGUUUUUCAGCUAUAUUCACUAAUGUCUUGAAUUCCUGUUGCUAAGUUUGACUUAGGGUUUCUGAGACUCUUUGUGCAUGUUAAAUUAGAACCCUAAACUUUGUAAAGGGGUGAUUUUGCCUGGUUUAUGAAUAGAGGAAUAUGAGGAAAGUUCUGCUUCUGUGUGGAGAGUAUCAGAUGCAGAUGCACUGGAAAGGGAACAAAUAUGGGCUCUGCUAAGGUCGUACAGGGAUAAGAAACCAACCAACAGGCUCUCCCAGGCCUGAAGGGUUAAUCCAAGCUUAGCUUGGAUGUUAGUGAUUGCUUCUCACAGCCAUUAACUGCAGUUUUAUAUUUAGGCUUUUUUAAAUCCAGUUUCUUUUUUCAGAUUUAUCUUUGUGCUUCAUAGUUUUUUUGCAAAUGCUAUUGUGGAAAAUUAAGAUUUUGCAAGAGCAGACAAAGCAGUGAAGUAAACCUCCAUGUGUGUAUGAUGUAGCCUCAGCUAUUACUGAUUCGUAGCCAGUUUCACCUUAUUUAAACUUCCACACCAGUCUCCAGUUUGUAUAUUAUUUUGAAGAAAAUUCUAGAUAUAUCAUUUUAUCCAUAAAUAUUUCAUACUCAUAAUAGGUAAAAUAAUUAUUUAAUAUUAUAUUAAAAUUCUCAAUUCCCUGAGCGUUGCAGAGCAUUCUUUGAAUUCAUUUAUAAAUCCUUUUAGUUUUAGAUUCAUGGAUUCUUCCUCCAUUCUAUAACAUGCCCUGCUUUCAUUUGUUCAUAUAUUAAGCUCCCGUAGCCUAUGUGUUACUGUGAGCAUUUUUAGCAUGCCAUUUAGUGAGGGUUUUUCUCCUUUGUAUUUCCGUAAACUGAUAAUUGCCUUUGAAGGCUGACCACAUUGAGAUUCUUUUUGGUUUGGCUAGACUACUGUAGGGUGGUGUCUCUUGCAUUAGUCAACACAUAGUGGCUGUUGCUGAAUUGUCCUCACUUAUGACAAGUACUGUUUCAGAUUCAGUCAUAGGCACACUGUCCAGUCUCAGCCACCAGCCACUUACAGAUGAACAGUUACUAUGUGGCUUGUCUGAAUGCAGAUAUGCGUAAAUGUGCAAACAUGUUGGAAUUCAGGUACUUACUAAUACAACACAAAAUAAUGUUAAAAAUCUCAAUUUGUUUAUAACCAUUAUGUGUUUUAAAUGAUAAUAUUUUGGAUACAUAGAAUUAAAUAAAACAUUGUUAAAAUA